AAAGCUCUUUAUUUUACCAGCUGCUUCAGAGCUUUUAAUAGUUAAAUUUACACAUUGCAAGUCAUGUAAACGCAGUGAUACCAGCCAGCGUACUAGCAAAACAACGGAGGAAAAUUAACUAUGGUCUUAUUUGAGAGUAAAAGCACGAUUAUCGUUAAAAGGAGGCAGGGCAGAGGAUAACAUCACCGCCCACUUGCUAAUGAUAUCAUGCGGCCUCGACUGUUUUGAUUCACAGCUCCGACAGGAGGGGCAGAGAUGGCGGAAGACUGGAAGUCCGGGUAACUUCUUCAAGCUACCCUACUACUGCGGUAGACCUCCGUUUUAUGAAAUAACAUAUUGGAGUUAUCGGGGAAACUGGCUGCUUUGUACGGUACUCGACUCCGCCCGGAGGACAUGGAGAUAUCGGCGGAGGGAGAGGCGGAGGAGCGCAGGAGGGAGCACUGGAAGCUACUGUCCAGCCUGAAGACCACAGUGGAGGGUCUUGUGUCCACCAACAACCCCAACGUGUGGUCACGUUACGGCGGCCUGCAGCGGCUCCACAAGGACAUGAACAACAUCCUGAGCCAUAGGCUGAAAAAUGAGCAGGUGUACUACAAACAGAGAGACUAUUGGCCGUUUGUGUGGUGUGUUCGCUACAUCAGCCCCCACCUCGCGUCACACGUUGAACAGUUCAGUCACCUGGAGCCGGUGCUGAGCAGCGGGAUGCAGAGUGCUGGUGAGAGCUACAAGGCUGAGCGUUGGCUCCUUCACAGCUUACAGGUUCACAUGCUUUCGGCUCAGCUCCGACCUCUGCUCCGACAUCAGGGGCAUACUCGUAAAUACUAUAAUGAUGAUGCCUUUCUGCUGAGCGAGCCUCAUGUGACCGCCAUGUUCCAGUGUCUGGAAGCAGUGGAGCAGAAUAACCCCAAACUGCUGGCCCUAGUAGACACCGUCGGGCUGUCCCCUCUGAAGGGCCCACUAUGUCUGGGCCUAUUGAAGAGCCAGAGCCUGUGUGUGUUGCCGGGGGUUGGUGGGGCCUGGAGGAACGCUGACUCGGCUCCCAGAGGAGAAUCUCUAAAUCGCAGACUCACCACCUCUAACUGCUCCCUCCGAGAAGCAGUCGCCACUAGCAACAACUCUGGGAACACUACGGGAGUCGGAUCCCAAAACAGCAAAAGCACAAACACUACCUCUCAAGCCAGCAGCCCGGGAGCUCCCUGGAUAUGUGUGUCCCAGCCGGGGGAAAGCGAGCGGGGUGUGACACCCAAUCCUGGCCCUGUCUCAGUCCAUUGCCUCUCCCUCACAGAGUCUCCCUUGUCCACCACCUUUCAGCCCGAUGCCGGGGACUCUGGUGAAGGCGAAUAUGACGAUGGUCCGGAGUACUUAGCUAUUGGUAACCUCGGGCAGCGCAGCCGCUGUGACUCUCAAAGCUCCACCCACAGCAGUGAGCAGGGCGUCCCCAUGGAGCAGUCCCUGCAACAGAGUUCCCUAGCCCGGCCCCCACCUAGACGCUCAUCUUUCUCAGAGGGCCAGAGGGGGCCGGGGCGGGGGUCCCGAGCACACACCCGCUCGUUUUCUGACACAGGAGUCAAUCAGAAACUCAGGAAUGAAUCAGCAGUUGAUGACUGCUGUAUAAAGAACUACAGCCCUUUCUCACCUCAGCGCAAGGAUGCCAGCACUCCCAGUUCCCUCUACAUGGAGUCUCAUGGGUCCCAGUACAGCAGCAGCGUUACAGAUGGGAUGUUCAGGAAGCCGUCAGAGGGUCAGAGCCUCAUCAGCUACCUGUCGGAGCAGGACUUUGGCAGCUGUGCUGACCUUGAGAAGGAGAAUGCUCAUUUCAGCAUUUCAGAGUCCCUUAUUGCUGCCAUUGAGCUGAUGAAGUACAACCUGCGGCGUCAGGAGGAGGAGGGCGAGGAGGAGGGAGACAGCGACUCUGAGAUUCAGCAGCUCAAACAAAAGAUCCGCCUGCGGAGGCAGCUGAUCCGACGCAGCCGCCUGCCGCCCUGCGCAACCUCCCAGCACCUUUUCCACUCUACUGACAGCGGAUGCUCCCGGAGGAGCUCUCAGGACUCGUGCGAGGGCCUGUCUGACUCCGGCUCAGCUGAGGAGGUGGAGGAGUGUGAACUACGAGAUGGCUGUGAGGGUCAGUCCCUGUUGGCGGUGUCUCAGAAUGGCCUCUCCCUGUCACUCGCCUCCCUCUUCUCAGAUGCAGACAUUAAGCGCAGGGUAAGCUCCAGCAGCAGGUCUUUUCUCAGCUCAGAGUCUAUCUCUCCAUCCUUCCUCCAGUCUAACUCGGCUGAGUCAGUAGCCAUGGGUUUACUCAGGCAAUUUGAGGGCAUGCAGCUUCCUGCAGCCUCGGAGCUCGACUGGCUGGUCCCAGAACACGACGCUCCACAGAAGCUGCUGCCCAUCCCUGAUUCUCUGCCAAUCUCGCCUGAUGAUGGCGAACACGCAGACAUCUACAAGCUGAGGAUUCGGGUCCGAGGCAACCUGGAGUGGGCACCGCCCCGACCGCAGAUCAUCUUCAACAUUCAUUCCACCCCCAAGAGGAAGAUAGUUGUGGCUAAACAGAACUACCGCUGCGCUGGUUGUGGCACCCGCAUCGACCCAGAUUAUAUCAAGCGACUGCGUUACUGUGAAUACCUCGGCCGUUACUUCUGCCAGUGUUGCCAUGAGAACGCGCAGGCGGUGGUUCCCGGACGAGUGCUGAGGAAGUGGGACUUCAGCAAGUACUAUGUCAGCAACUUUGCCCGGGACCUGCUGAGCAAGAUCACUGGAGACCCACUGUUCAACCCCAAUGACAUAAACAGUGGCCUAUACAAGAAGAUCAAAGCUCUGGAGACUGUCAGGGUUUUGAGGGUGCAGCUGUUUCAUAUGAAAAAUCUCUUCAAGACCUGUCGCUUUGCUAAAGAGGUGCUGGACCAGUUUGACAGCCUGCCAGGUCACCUCACAGAGGACCUUCACCUCUUCUCCCUCAGUGACCUCACUGCUGUGCGCAACGGGGAAUUGGCUCCCCGAAUGAAAGAGCUGCUUAAACUUGGUACCACGCACGCAGCUGGCUGUGUGCUGUGCCAGGCAAAGGGCUUCGUGUGCGAGUUUUGCGGCAACGACAAAGACAUCAUCUUUCCCUUCCAGCUGAACAAGUGCCAGCGCUGCGAAGAAUGUAAUGCCUGUUACCAUCGCAGCUGCUUCCGGACGGGUAAAGACUGUCCUCGAUGUCAGCGGCUGGCAGAGCGGAGAGAGAGGAUGGCGCGCAAAAACAUGGAGGAACAAGAAGACGAGGGAGGUGGGCCCUAGUGCUGCUCACAGAAGAAACUCUAAGACAAAAGAAGAGCACAACGCAACCCUGAUUGUAGUCACUGACCACCUCUUUCCGUUCCAGUCCUCUCAGACCUGGGUGACAAUACAGCGAACAAAUGUUUUGAUCUCUAGAGAUUGCCAGGUGUGCGGGUUUUUACUACAUCAGUGCAUCAGUUGUUUUUGUAAAAUCUGUUGAUUUAAAUGCAUUUAGUGUAAGCUAAGCCCCUUUCACACACGCACUUUGAGUCGAUUGGAGUCGAUUUUCCAUGAAAAUGUUGACUUACAGAGAAAUUGCCCAGGCUUUGCAAAUUUCUAAUCAGGAUUUCCUUAAGGAAACUUGGUUUUAAAAAUAUUCCAAAAUGUUUUCAUUAACUUGAGAGUUGUUCAUACUCAAAAUUGAAAUCCUUAAGAAUUGUUUGACAGUUCCCUGCACAUAAGAAACUUUAUGACUUUGGUGACUGCUAGUGGCAGUAUCAAAAAAGACAUGGUGACAGGUGUGUGACAAAAGUGUGCAAAAAAGGCUUGAGAUAAACUAAAUGUCUUGGCACCAUGUUCCUCUGUGGUAAAACUAAUAGAUUUGGGAUUUAGGUAGCUCAGGAAGACUGUUGUAACAAGGUUUGAUAUUUCUCCUUGCUACAAUUGCAGAUUCUGGCAACUGCUUCAACCCUGUUAAUUGUAUUGGCUACUGGCUUAGCUGAAGUUUGUUUUUGUGACCAAAAUAGCAGGAUCUAUUUAAAAAGAAAAAAUCAAAUGGCAAGUAAAAAGAUUUUUUUUUUAUUUGCAAUUAUGGAAGAUACUUAACUAAUCUUUUCAUUUUGCCGCUCCUUACUGUCUUGUUUUAAGCUUUUAGCCACGCUUAUGUGCCUCUGGGACCAAUGAACUUAGACUGGUAGAGCUAGUGGAGUUCCAUUGGAAAGUUGAGUUUACAGAACUGGACUUCAGAGUUUCAAAUAUUUUAAAUGAGGUGUGUGCGUGCGCCUAAUCAGCACUUGUUUUCUAACGUAACUUUUGGAAUAAUAGAGAGUCGAGUUAAUUGCACUGUUCUGUCUGCUGCUGUUGUGGUGUGUGUGGGGCUGGGACGUCACUCUUUGGGCAUUUUUCUGAUGUUCGUUGUAAGAACAUGAAUCUUCACUGUGAAAUGUUUCUUUUAUGAAGCUCCUGUCACCUGGGUUGCACUACAUGGUAAAGGGUUUCAGUCCAAAAUAAAAGAGGCACAAUUUAAUGAGUAAUACUCUUAACAUGCAGCAAAAUAAUUCUCAAAAUGCGUUAAUCACUUCUUGUACUCCAAUUCUUCAUGCUUAAAUGGGGUUUCUCCUCCAACAGAUCUUGGUUUAGAGUGGUUCCCAACAUUAUUGGCACUUUAAAGAAUAUUAGGUUCUUGGAAAAUUUGUAGCUGGGCCCAGCAGCUAGUUAGCUUAUGUUAGCAUAGCAUAAAGAAUGGAAACAAAGGGAAACAUCUAGCCUGGCUCUGUAAAAAAUCUGCAUAGCAGCUCCGCUAAAGCUGACUAAUUAACACAGUAGUUGAACCAAAUUUAUAUAUUUGAAGGAUUUUUAGAGGCCCCUAAAAUAAAAAGUAUUCAGUAUUUCACAGGAAUAAAGCAGAAAUUGUGGAGAAGCCAGAAAACAAUGAGAAAACUUUACAUACAAUUUUUUUUUUUUUAUAUCUUUCUUUCUGGCACUUUUAAUAAUUUGGUGACCCAUCAGGUUGUUCUUGGGACCCCUAAAGUCUGGAAACCACUUGUCUAGUAUAUAUUUUAAAGACCUCACUUGUUUUGGCUACUGGACUUUAUUUUUAUUUUUCUUGAGGCUGGUUUUACUUCUUUAAUCUAUUUAGUGGCCCUGAAGAGAGUUAUAUUAACCACCAGAGUAUGUUGGAGGAAAAUUAUCUAGGAAGUUAAUGUCAUAGUUAAUGAAAGAUGUAAAGUUAUGGGAAAACAAAUCGGCAUUUUAUCAAAACGUUUACCCUGGAUUUCAGUCCCAAGUACAAUUUUAUGUGUACCAAUCUAUUAAUGGAUUAGUCUCCAGAGUACUCAUACCCUCAUCAACAGGCUUUGCUUUGUGUACGAUCCCUCACGAGUUAAACACUCCUGAGACACUACUUAAAGCAAAAUCAUGUGAUAUUAAUUUCCCUACGGCCUCACGGAUGAGUAUUCAAGAGAUAAGCUGCCCCUGUGUCUUUAGUUUGAACCAGGCGGUUUUUAAAGAAAACGAUGAACUCUUCAGCUCACGGCUCCUAAAUGAAGUGACCGACCGACUCCACUGAAAAGCCUCCUCAACUCAGCAGAUGGUUUGUCUUUGGACUGCCUUUAACAUGGAGGUGUGCAGAGGUUUAAAGUGCACUACAGAUUAAAGUGUCUAUUAUUAAAAAUGAUUGGUAUUAAAAUGAUUGGUUGUGUCAAUUUGUCUUUGUUCUGAAAGUAUGUUGACAAUAAAAUACUGGCCAGACUGUU